AUGGUGCAAGGAUCUAGGCAGUGGCAUGAAAAACUACCAUUUGCUCUCUUGGGAUACCGCAUGACUAUUUGUACGUCAAUCGGUACAACUCCUUACUUAUUUGUUUACGGUACUGAGGCUGUCAUAUCCGCAGAAGUUGAAAUCCCUUCUCUUCGAAUCAUUGUCGAAGCAGAAAUUGAGUACACGAAAUGUGUUAAAUCAAGGUUAGAACAAUUAGCACUGAUAAACGAAAAACGGUUGACAUCAAUUUGCUUUGGUCAAUUAUAUCAGCAGAGGAUGGCUCGAGCUUAUAACAAGAAGGUACGCCCAAGAAAUUUUGAAGUCGGUCAACUUGUUAAGAAACGCAUCCUUCCCCAUCAAGACGAGGCCAAAGGAAAGUUUGCCCCAAAUUGGCAAGGCCCUUAUGUUAUUAAAAAAGUGCUAUCAAAAGGAGCAUUGCAACUAGCAGAUAUGGAGGAAAAGGCAAUCGACACAAUUGUUAACGCAGAUUCGAUCAAAAGAUACUACGUUUAA